AUGGCUCGCAUCGUAGCCCUCCAUGAAGGCUCUGAUGGAAUGGUACGAGAGGCGACACUACGAACCGAAAGAAAUCAUCGGAUCAAACGACCAGUCAACCUACUCUAUCCACUUGAAAUUCCAGAAGACGAAAUGCCCGAUGAACUACGAACUCCCCACAAUCCUGCAGAAGAACUAGCCGAAGACAGUGACAAAGAAGAAAACGAACCAUACUCAUUACGCAAUCAACCGAAACGUUUCUAUGGCGACACCAGCUCUCUCGUUUACGUAAUGUGCCUACUUCUCCUCUGCAUACCUUCAGUAUCAGCUCACAUGACACUGCCCUCUAUAAGAUGCAGCCCAACAGGAGUCAUAACAGCAGGCGAUAACAUUACCGACCAACAACUCUGUUUAGCACACAACUGCGCCACACUCACAUCCACAGGCCAGAUACACCUGAACGCCGCGGACAUCAUAACUGAUUACGCCAUAACAUGGACAUUCCUCCUGGAAGGAAAAAUCCAUCGGCUACAGCAAUAUUGCCGCGCAGGCUCAUUCUGCAAAACAGUAACAUGCACUUUCUGCAUGGAAGCCAUGCUAAACCCAUCCUGCUGGCCUUGGACCUCGAUCAUCCUAAUCACACUCUUUGUCUAUGCAAUCACAGCCACGUGUUACGGGAUCCUAUACACUCCUUGGAUUAUAGGCAAACCUAUCAGAUUAUGGCUCAGCGCCAUCUUCUACACAGUACGCUUCUCUUGCACAAAGAUCGUCAAAUGGUCCAAACGUUCAAGCCAAAUCACAACCAAACGCCGUCCAAACACUAGUAUCAUACCACUCUUAACACUCUGUAUGAUCUCAUACAGUCAGUGUUGCCAAGAAAUCAAUUUCAUGCACUCAGAGUCAAGCAAAUGCUCUAAAGAACAGUGCCACAUAGAUACCAACAUCCAAACAGUCAUCAGCCCAUACACACAAGAAUCUUGCCUACAGCUCUCACACGACGCUAACAAGAUUGCUUUCUUACGUAUGCAAUGGCUCGAGACUCGCUACACCUGCAAAAUCAAAUCCCUAUACUGGACACGAAACACAUCUCCUCAUGUAUGGGAUAGCAAAAGAUGCCCUCACACGGGAUCCUGCACUAAAAACAAGUGUCUCGAUAUUCAACACAACUCGACAAUCCCCGAACUUCAACCAGCGAACACCUUCCCUGGAACAACUCAUUGUGUCGAAUCAUGCGGAGGACCUGGAUGUGGAUGCUUUUAUCCUUCUUCCGGUUGCUUAUACUACCGCACCUACUUGAAACCUAAUUCAGACACUCUUUAUGAAGUCGUAGAAUGCGACUCCUGGACUCCCUCCACUCGCAUUCAACUCACAGUAACUACUGGUUCAAACAUCACCAGUUACAACCUAACACUGCGAGACGAUACCAUAGUCACUCACGACAUUUUCUCUUUACAAAUAACUGGACUCACAACUCCAGUCAUCCCACUCAUGCAACAGCGCUUUAUUCGUUCUGCACCAUCUACAGCAAUCCUUCCGACACAUACCCAGUUACAGUGUCCUAACAUGACCGCAGCAGCAACACUUCAAAACUGUACAGCCACGCCCGAUUGCUCUUGCCUCCCUGCAGAAGAUGCCAUUAAGUGCGACUGUAGAGAUGAUAGUACCACAAACGUCUUCAGUGACAUACAUCGUACAUUACCUCUCAUAUCUCCCACUUAUUCUCUUCAAUCAUCUCAUAACGAUAUCAUCAUGAAAAUCAGACGGAACACUUUAGCUGAAAUCCUACUCACGAUCAAAGGAACUUUCAACACCAGUUCCACAUUCACAAACACCUCCUGCGAGAUACCUGACACUACCAUCACAGGUUGUUACAACUGUCAGCAAGGUGCUCAAACCAACAUCGUCUGUACCUCCUCACAGACCACAUUGGCUGCAACACAAUGCGGGGACACCGCCUUUAUGGUUCAUUGCGAUCCCACAGGCAUAUCCAAUUCCAUACGAUUAAGCGCUUCCACAGCCACACCUAACCUCAACUGCUCCUUCUCCUGCGGAAAGAGUACUAAAAAUUUCAACAUCACUGGAGUCUUGUACUAUGUCAACAACAUUUACACACUUCAACAACACUACACAGAAACCAAUCAUAGUAAUUUCCACGAAACAACGAUCGCCUUCCCCUGGCCCGACAUUACACACUUCCUGGAUAUAUACACUGAUUGGAUCAAGGAGAUAGCAGCAUGCGCAAUCAUAACAUUUGCCGGCGUUGUAGGCGUAUACUUUCUCAUAGCACGAUACAGCUUCACAACGAUCAUAGCUUUCUUAUACUUCUGCCGUUUCAUAAUUUGUUCACCUUUUCGUCUCAUUCGUUAUGUCGUACAUCUCACUUUCCACAACAAACGGAAAACACAUGUAUACAUCCUCACCAUUCUAGUCACACUUACCAUGAACUCCACCGUUCACGCUCUCCAAACAGCUAUCUCCAAUGCCGACUCCGAAGUCGCACGCAUUAAAAUAAUGCCCCGUAACGACCGGGCCGAAUAUGGCUCCGUAGCCAUCACCUCCACGCUGAAAGCCAUCAUGGCACUGGAGUCCGCCAAACGGUCAACAGAAAACCGUCGCGAAACAGUUGAGCUGGCAACAGUUCACCUCAUGCGAGAAUAUCUGAAGAUCCGGAUCUUCCUCAGAUCCGCCAGAUCUCCAACCGUCUUCCAAUCGGACCUUAAACUGUUCGACGUGUUUGGUUCUGCCAAAGAACUCCACUCUUUGGUAGAAGACGCCAAGAAGACGCACCUCCCACACCUCAAUGUCGCUAUCGCGUUCCACGACAUUACCGGUCCCAUUAGCCGGCGGGAGCUUCCUCCUAAAGAGGAAACCAAGAGCUCACAAGCAGCGUCUAACACAGACUCAGCUGCAAUGCUCAAAUCGCUCAAGAACAUCGAGCGUCUACUAACUAAGUUAGUACAAGGCCAGGAGCAAUUCAUCGCUCAACGGCGCGCAUGGGAGAAAUCUCGUUCUCCCCUAUCAUCCACCAGCCCGUCAUCCGGAGGAACCAGAUCCCCCUCACCUGACACCAAACGGCCAAGACUGGAACAAAGAAGUCCCCCACGCUCACCUUAA